UGUCCCCCUUUGCAAGCAUCAAGCCAGGAAAAGACUUCUGCUUUCACCGCCCUCUGCGUCCCGCUGGAGAGAGGAGGAGCCCGCCUUACGAAAGGCAGGAUGUUCUCGCCAAUGUCGUCAGGCCACGACGACUGGUCGCAGCACGACGACCCUCCGCGGACGGCCGCGGCGGGUGGGCCACUAUCAGCGACAGACGGCAUAGCGACAAGGACGCCAGGUGGCAGCGGCAGCGGUGGUGGUGUUGUUGGGAUCGGGCGAAAGACGGCCAAGCGGGACGUAUUUACAGGCGCAGCAGGGGUGGGAGGAGGAGCAGGAAGCAAGGGCAAGUCGGCCGUGGGAUCGAGUCGACUGACCCGUGCCUGGAAGGGCAAGUUGGCGCCGGGCGCGGGUGCUGGUGCAGCCGCAAAGGGUGGGGAGCUGUCGUCGUUGGGUAGCAUCCUUCGCAGACAGCACGGCCACGGCCAAGCCUCGGCAGCGACAGCAUCAACAGCAGGGCCUUCGUCGAGAAAGUACGGCGCUGGGCUGCCGGGGACAACGAGAGGACCUCAUCGAGGGGGUUUCGGAGCGCUAAGAGGAAUUGGUGGAAGUGCGGCCACCUCAAAGGGCAAUGGCAAGGCGAAAGCGCUGCUCGGUGGCACACCCGACCUCACCGCUGGCCCUCUAAGCUCCGGUUCGCCGUGGCUCGAUGACGAGUCGGAGCCUCUUCUCCCGGCCAGAGUACCUAGACCUAGAAAGGACAGAAUCGGAAGCAGCAGCACGACGUCCCUCUUUGGUGGCGCAGGUUCUUCAUCGUCGACGGCCCUACCUCGAUGGAGAGAGGCGUUCAGACCUAGCGCAGAGACGGUUGAUGCCUGGCUCGAUAGCUGGAUAAAGCGUUGGACGGUGCUCGCAAUAGUGCCGAGUCUGAUAGUGUGGAUCUGGUGCGCCAUGCCAUUCCCGAAAGGCAGCCGAAGGGAGCAUGAUAACGGAAGCGAAGCAAAUGCCCACUUCUGGUUCUUUCUCAUCUUCUACUAUGGUCUCUACUGCGCCAUAGGCCUCAUCUACAUCACCCAGCUCUUUUCUCUCUACCGCCUCAACUGGUGGCCCGCAGCUCUUGGCGCCAGGAAGUCGUACUUGGCCUUCUGGCUUCUUUCAAUCUUUACGGGUUACGCAAUGCAUCGUCUCGGCCUCGACUCGCUCCCCUCUGUGGGCGAUUGGUUCGCGUUCAUACAGUCGGACUCCGCCGGAGAAGUUGACAGGGACGACGACAAUGAGAUUGAGUGGCAGAGGAAGACGCCCUGGGUCGGGCUGGCUUUCGCGACGAUGGCGAUGCCCGCGCUCGUGUGCUUUGCUGGACUUCGGAGGAGCGGCAGGCAGACGUAUAGGCAUAGCUUGACGGACACGCAAAAGACCUUCUUGGACCGACAGCUGGCCGUUCGCAUCCCGGCUUCCUACAUUCGCUUCCUAUGGUUCAUGGCGACAAUCGGGAUCGCCUUGGUCGCGCUCCUCGUCGGCCAGGGUUAUGCCAGCGUCUAUCUUUCGACGUUGCCUCACACUGGCCUUGACGGUACAGCCUAUGUGGCCUUCUGGACCGUCAAUGUCAAUGUCCUGAUGCUCCUCAGUCACUGGAUUCUCGAGGAAAAGGUGCGCUCGAGGGCUCUUUUGUUCGUAGUAAAGUAUUACUACUUCCUCGUCUAUUUCAUCUUCUAUCGAAACCUCUUUGCUCGUCUGCGCAGCUUCGACCAGUUCGCUCUCAUCCAGCUGCUCAGCUCCUUCUGGGUGUGCAUUUGGUAUCCAUUCAGCAUGACACGGUUCUGUCACGCUAUCACACAGUACUUCAACCCUCAACCAAAGUCCUAUGAGGAGUAUGUCGAGAGCGUAGGCCUAUCCUUCUAUCUGCGUAACCUGGCUCAGAACACGACGAUGCUGGCCUUCCUCGGUUGGGUCUCAAUUCUGCACUUCGGUCCAAAUCACAACAUGUACCCAUUCUUCGCCUUUGACGACCAAAGAGAUCCGUACAACUACAAGCUGACGAUGCUAGGUUCGCUCGCCAUCUGGGCUUCUGAGCUCGUCUCUUCAUUCUUCGCGCGCCAGAUCUGCCUUGUCGCUCUCGACGUCGAUGUGACAAAUCUUGGCCUUGACGAGAUGCGCGCCUACCCGGAACUCAUGACGAGCGUCAUGUGGACUAGCGUCAGAGUCCUCAUGGACAUGCUCCUCUUUCUCAUUAGACUCGACUUCUAGAUGUUUUCACCUCUUCAUCAUUCCCAAGGAUACCGUUUCACGCAAUCUUCUCCCCCUUUCUUCCCUUCGAUACCUUGCUCUUCACGACCAAAUUCUCUCAGAGAAGGAGAGAACACGAAUUGCCUACGAAUGAGAUACGAUACUCCGUC